AUGAACGCCGCAGCCAACACCCUCGAGAAUAACAUGCAGAGCCCGCCGACGGGCAUCCAUGCGGGCAUCGCGAACCCGAGUUUGCAGAAGGAGGGCGCCGACUCGAGUGGUGACAAGAUGAAGGCCCUCGUCUGGGAGGGCAAGAUGAAGGUCAAGGUCGAGGAGGCGCUCAAGCCCAAGGUCGUCGACGCCAAGGACAUUGUGAUCAAGGUCACUGGCUCGACUGUCUGCGGCUCCGACAUGCACUUGCUUGCUGGCGCUAUCAUCGAGCUCCGCAAGGGUGACAUCCUUGGCCACGAGUGCAUGGGUAUCGUCGACUCUGUCGGCCCGGGCGUCACGAAGCUCAAGGUCGGCGACCGUGUCGUCGCCGGCUUCAACAUCGGUUGCGGUGAAUGCUUCAUGUGCCAGAAGAAGCUUUCGUCGGCUUGCCAGAUGACCAACGACUCGGCGCUCAUGAACACGAUGUACGGCGGCAGGACUUGCGGCAUGCUCGGCUACUCGCACUUCACCGGUGGUUUCGCCGGCGGUCAGGCCGAGUUUGUCCGUAUCCCUUACGGCGACGCCAACUGUGUCAAGGUUCCCGAGGGCGUCUACGACGAGGAUGCUCUCUACAUCUCCGACUCGCUCGUCACCUCGUUCCACCAGGUCGAGGACACCCGCGUCGACGAGGGCGACAUCGUCGGCAUCUGGGGUGUCGGCGUGAUCGGUCUCCUCGUUGGCAAGUGGUCGAUCCUCCGCGGCGCCUCUCGCCUCAUCGCCGUCGACAGCGUCCAGUGGCGCCUCGACUACUUCAAGGAGAAGCUCCUCAAGGACCACCCGAACGUCCAGAUCGAUCUCGUCAACUUCUCCGAGCACAAGAACGUCGUUGCUCGCAUUCACGAGUUGACCAAGGCUGGCACGCGCGGCUUGCCCGACACCAGGCCUGACGGACUCGAUGUUGCGUUUGAGUGCGCGGCGGGCGAGUACGCCAAGGGUUGGGCGCACAAGCUCGAGAUGGUCGCCGGACUCGAGACCGACACCAGUGAGAUCCUCAACGAGAUGAUCGAGAGUACCAUUGGCUUCGGUCGCGUUGGCAUCACGGGCGUCUACGCAGGAUACACCAAUCACCUGAACAUCGGCUCGCUUAUGCAGCGUGGUAUCCGCUUCAUCGGCAAUGGUCAAGCACCGACGCACAAGUACAUGGACCGUGUCAUGAACGACUACAUCGCCACCGGAAAGGUCAAGCCGCGCGAGCUCUUCGUUACGCACCGCGUCCCCAUCGAGGACACCGACAAGGUUUACUACCACAUGCGCGAGCACUCGGAGAAAACCAAGAUCAUCAAGGCCUUCGUCGCGACCGCCGCUUCAGCUCCUCCCGCUCCGGGCGCUCCCCCUCUCACCCGCAUCGAGUAG